UCACAAUGAAAUCAGAAUCGCCAUUGUUUUCUGUUAUUGAGAUCUCCCUCAUCAGAUCUAACACUUCCCACUAAAUUUCUUCUCUGUAUAGAAUAAACUUCUCGAUUUCGAAUUCGUCUGAAACUACAAAAAAAAAAAAAAAAUGGCGCAGCAACAGUUCCUUCACCAGCGUCCAAUCCAAAACCCAUUCACAAACCCAUUCUCUUCAUCUCCGCUUUCUAACUCCUCAACCUCGAACCGUCCAAUCUCACUCUUCAGCCGCAACGGUCUCCUCCUCUUACUCGCACUCCUCGUUAUCCUCGGCGUAUUCCUACCCUGGGCUGGAUCUCCUUUAUUCCCGUUCCCAAACAGACUCUCUUCUUCUCAAUCUAGAUGGCGCGGCUAUUCCCUCGCUCAAGCCGCCAAGUUCGUCGCUAAGAACGGCACCGUGAUCGUCUGCGCCGUCAGCUAUCCUUACUUGCCUUUUCUCAACAACUGGUUGAUUAGUGUUUCUAGACAGAAGCAUCAGGAUCAAGUCCUCGUCAUCGCUGAGGAUUACGCUACUCUCUACAAGGUUAACGAUAAGUGGCCUGGUCACGCCGUUCUCAUCCCUCCGGCGUUCGAUUCUCAGACGGCUCACAAGUUCGGUUCCCAGGGUUUCUUCAAUUUCACAGCACGUAGGCCGCAGCAUCUCUUGCAAAUUUUGGAGUUAGGUUACAAUGUAAUGUACAACGAUGUUGAUAUGGUCUGGUUGCAAGAUCCGUUUCAGUAUUUGGAGGGAAAGCAUGAUGCAUACUUCAUGGAUGAUAUGACUGCAAUUAAGCCGUUGGAUCACUCAUCGAGAAGAAGAUCAAACGUUUCCGUGACUUUGUUCUAUGGCUAGUCGAUGAUCAUGCUUCAGCGUCCAUUCACAAACCCAUUAUUCUCUUCUUCUCCGCUUACAGACCACUGCUUCUGGGGUUCUGGCCGUGGCUACAUUUGUUGAAAUCUGUCUCAGGAUUCAACGAUGAUCCUUCUGUCCAGUUGCCUCUGCGAUCCGUAAACACAGUCUAUGAUCAUUUUCAUAACUUGAAUAUAACAGUGUUUUGGGAUGCUUGUGUAUAUAUGCUAAGAGGAUUCACAGCUUCCAGUAACGUUACUAGAAGAUUACUGGCUGUUUUGGAAUAAACAAGUAACAUUACUAGAAGAUUACUGGCUUUUUAAGAAUGAACAAAUCUUACUCUGUUGUUGGUAGCCAUUGGUUUGCUUUGGUCUUUUUUGUUGUUGUAUGAAACAAAACAUGUAGUUUUAAGUCACAUAGAUUGUCUUUAACAUUUUCUGUCUGUUC